CCCAGCGUUUCUCAGGAGGGAAGAGUUGGGGAGGCUCUGGCAGCUUGGGAAACACUAUAACUUUAAAUUCACUGGUUUGCAGGAACACAUUAAGUGGAAUAUCAGUUUGGGACCCUAGUAGAUGGAAAGUGAGGACCUUUCUGAUUGUACAGUCACUGAAUAAACUACUGGAAUUGUAUUUGGUCAGAUCCAUUAAGGGUGUCUGAUGAUGGACACUGAUGAUUAUGAGGACGAUUAUGGGGACGAAGUGGAAGAGUAUGAGGAGUAUACGACUGUCUACACUUCCUCAACCAGCUCACAUCAGUCUCGAGUUGGAGAGACUGGGCCUGAAGGACUUCCUGUACGUAAGGUCAGGAAGAGGGCCAAGGUGGACACUUCCAAAUUCAUGACCCCAUACCUGGCACACAGCCAGAAGAUGCUUGACCAGUACAGCCAUAACAAGUACAGGGAGGAAUAUGAUAAGAACAAGGGUCAACCCUAUUACAUUACUGCUGAUACACCUGAGAUGACUCGCAUCAAAAGGGCUCAAGAGCAACUCAGUGAGGUGAAAUAUCGUAUGGAAGGCCUGAAGUCUAAGACCACCAGCAUGUAUGAUGGCGAGGCUCGUGAAAUCGCUCAUGUGAAGAAUGUCUCUGAUCUGAUCAGCAAGGUCUUGUACAGACAGAAAUGGGAUGAGACCAAGGACAGAUACUUACUGCCUCCUGAUGCACCCGAGUUGGUUUUAGCUGUGAAAAAUGCCGCAAAUAUGAGCAAGAAACUCUACACAGAAGAUUGGGAUAUGGAGAAAACCAUGUACUACCCAUACAGUGACAGUCCAGAGCUCCGCAGGGUGGCUAAAGCCCAGGAAGUCUUCAGUGAUAUUAAAUAUAAGAAAGGUCAUAAUGAGCGCAAAGCGAAGUACACAUGCCUUGCUGAUCCCCCAGAAGUUGAACUGGCCAAGAAAAACUUUGCCAAUCGGAGUAAUCUUGAAUAUCACAGGGAUUAUAACGAGAAUGUCAAAGGCCAGUGGUGUGAAACCCCUUACUUUGACGUUGCAGUUGGCAAGAUGGUCAUGGAUAACUUAAGUGAAAAAAAAUAUACUGCUGAUUAUGAAGAUUCGAAAGACCAAAUUUAUUUCAUGCAAACCGAAACGCCAACAUACGCUUCAAACAAAAUGGCUGGUCAAUCUGCAAGCUCGAUCAAGUACAAGAAAGAGUAUGAAAAGACAAAAGCAGAAUCUCAGUACAAUGUUCUCCCAGCUACAGAAAACCCCCUCCUCAGACAACUGAGAUAUGCCGGCACCAUCUUGAGUGAUAAAGUGUAUAAAGCACAUUAUGAGAAAACAAGAGGAUCCAGCAUUAAUUACUGUGACACACCCAAGUUCAAGAUGGACAGCGUACUGAAAAAGUUUAAUGAUAUGCACUAUAAAGACAAGUAUGAAAAUGAGAUAAAGGGCCACUAUGUUGGGAGUUAUGAAGAUAUAAACAUGCUUCGCUGCCAGAGGGUGGAAGAGUUAAAAAAAAUUUAUAAAGCUGAUUAUGAGGAUAUGAAGACAAGAUGCUUCUUCCCUCAAACGUACACACCUGAAUACGAGGCUACUAAAAAAUUGGAACAGUGUAAAGAUAAAUUAUAUCGGCAACACCCAGGCACAGUCAAGUUUACACAAGUAACAGAUUCGCCUGUCCAAGUACAAGCGGCUAUCAAUGCCAAACAGCUAAGUGAUCUGAACUACAAGGCGCAGUAUGAAAAAGAAAAGUUUAAAUGUUACCUGCCCCCUGAUGACCCCUUCUUCAUUCAAUCCAGAGUUAACGCAUAUAACCUCAGCGAUACUUGUUACAAAUUUGAAUGGGAAAAGACAAAAGCAAAGAAAUUUGAGGUGAAGGGUGAUGCUAUUCCCAUCCUCGCAGCUCGUGCCCACACCAACAUUGUCAGUGAUGUAAAAUACAAGAAGGAUUAUGAAAAGAACAAAGGACACAUGGUUGGUGCCCUUAGCAUUCAUGAUGAUCCAAAGAUCCUGCACUCAGUUCAUGUCGCUAAAAUCCAGAGUGAGCGUGAAUAUAAAAAGGAUUAUGAGAAAAUGAAGACAAAGUAUCACACCCCACUGGACAUGAUGCUUGUUACACUAGCUAAGAAGUCUCAGGCUAUUGCCAGCAUGAGCGGUUACAAAAAUGUCAGCAACCGCUACUUUCUGCCAUAUGACAGCAUAGCACUGGACCUGGCAAAGAAAGCUAAUGUCCUACAGAGUGAUAAUGAAUACAAAGCAGAAUACAAUGCCUACACUAAAGGAUCUCCUUGGAUACCUUAUGGAUCUCUGGACGUUGAGAAGGCAAAGAAAGCAGGAGAGAUCCUGAGUGAGAAAAAGUACAGGCAGCGCCCAGACACUGUGCCGUUUACUGCUAUUGAUGACCACCCCAUCAUGCUCCAGGCUAGGCACAAUCAACAGAUGAGAAGUGAUCUUCAUUAUAAGAAAGGGCUUGAGGAAAUUCAUCAAAAAUACUCAUUGCCUCCUGAUGUUCCAGAGUUCCUCCAGGCCAAGUGUAACGCCUACAAUAUCAGCAAUAAAUAUUACAAACUUGCCUUUGAGGAUCUCAUUUCGAAAGGUUAUGACUUGAAGGCUGAUGCUAUCCCUGUUCGUGCUGCAAAAGCAGCGAGGCAUGCAGUCAGUGAUGUCCAGUACAAGAAAGUCUACAUGAAGAACAGAGGCCACCAUGUUGGCUUCCGUAGUCUUCAGGACGACCCACUGCUGGUCCACUACAUGAAAGUGGCUAAGAUGCAAAGUGAAAAGAACUACAAGAAAGACUAUCACAAGGCAAAGCUGAAGUAUCAUACCCCUGUGGAUAUGUGGAGUGUUGCCCAGGCUAAACAAUCAUCUGCAGUUCAGACAUAUACAGGCUACAAACAGCCCCUUCAUCAUUACACCCUUUUGCCUGAUGCCGUUAAUCUGGAGUUGGCUCGUAACAUGAACAACCUCUCUAGUGAUAACAACUAUAAAGCAGACUAUGAAUCCUCUGUGAAAGGUAUUGGUUGGAUCCCAAUUGGCUCGCUGGAUGUAGAGAAAGCUAAGGCUGCAGGCAAAGCUCUAGAUGAAAAGAAGUACAGGCAGCAUCCAGACACCAUCAAGUUCACCAGCGUCACCAACAGUCCUGUAAUGGAGCAAGCAAAGCUGAAUGCACAGCAGCUAAGUGAUAGGCUGUACAAAGCUAGUGGGGAGAAAUUUGUGCACACAUACCAUCUACCUCCUGACUCACCUGAAUUUCUGCAAGCUAAAUACAAUGCUAUCAAUAUUAGCAAUACAUACUACACAUAUGCUCACAAGCAAGAUCUUCUGAAAGGACACCAUAUGAAGCAAGAUGCUAUUCCAGUUGUUGCUGCCAAGUCCUCCAGAGAUAUCGCCAGUGAUUACAAGUAUAAGCUUGCCUACCAGAAGGCUAGAGGCCAUCAUGUUGGCUUCCGUAAUCUUCAAGAUGACCCACUCCUGGUGCACUACAUCAAAGUGGCAAAAAUGCAAAGUGACAGAAACUACAAAAAGGACUAUCACAAGUCUAAGCUAAAGUAUCAUACACCUGUAAACAUGUGGAGUGUUGUGCAGGCUAAACAGGCUUCCAUGGUGCAAACCUAUGCUGGAUACAAACAGCCCAUUCAUAACUACACACUUCUACCUGAUGCCAUGCAAAUUGAUCGUGCUCGCAAUAUGAUGGAAAUUCAGAGUGAUAAUGUCUACAAGUCAGAGUACAACAACAUCUACAAAGGAGCAGGAUGGAUACCAAUUGGUUCUCUUGACGUGGAGAAAGCUAAAGUGGCGAGAGCCGCUCUGGAUGAAAAGAAAUACAGAGUUCACCCAAGCAGUUUGAAGUUCACCAGCCUGACAGACCAAAUUAAUAUGGUUUUAGCCAUGAAUAAUACCAAGCAGAUGCAUCCUUUUGCUUAUAAGGCUUCUGGAGAGAAAUAUAUGCACACCUACCACCUUCCAGCAGACAGCCCACAGUUUCUUCAAGCCAAGUUUAAUGCUCAGACUAUUAGUGAGUCACAUUACAAAUCUCAGUGGAUUGAAGACAUUGCCAAAGGAUAUGACAUGAAGGCUGAUGCUAUUCCAAUAGUUGCUGCUAAACACGGAAGGCAUAUUGCUAGCAAUUUCCAGUAUAAAAAGGACUUUGAAAAGACACGGGGCCAUCAUGUUGGCUUCCGUAGUCUUCAGGACGACCCACUCCUAGUGCACUACAUGCAAGUGGCUAAAAUACAGAGUGACAGAAACUACAAGAAGGACUAUCACAAGGCAAAGCUGAAGUACCAUACUCCUGUGGACAUGUGGAGUGUUGCACAGGCUAAGCUAGCAUCCGCGGCACAAACCUAUGCUGGAUACAAACAGCGCAUUCAUCACUACACGCUUCUGCCUGAUGCCAUGCAUCUGGAGCGGUGUCGCACUAUGAACUCUAUUUCUAGUGAUGUUGAGUACAAGAGUGAUUACAACAGCUGUAUGAAAGGUCUGGGAUGGGUUCCUAUUGGUUCCUUAGCAGUUGAGACUGCAAAGGUUGGUGGACAAAUACAGAGUGAAAAAAAAUAUCGUACUCAUCCCUCCAAAUACACCUUCCACAAGCUAAUGGAUUCAAUGGACUUGGCUUUAGCUGCUGCCAACAACAAAAUUAUGAACAAGCAAGCGUAUACUUCUGCAUGGGAUAAAGAUAAACUCAAAAUCCAUAAAAUGCCUGACAGCCCUGAUAUUGUCCUUGCCAAGGCCAAUGCUAUCAAUAUGAGCCAGAAACUCUACAAAGCUGGCCUUGAGGAAAUGAAAAAGAAGGGUUAUGACCUCAAAGCAGAUGCUGUUUCAGUCGUGGCUGCCAAAGCUGGCAGGGACAUAGCCAGCAAUUACAAAUACAAACUAGCAUAUGAGAAGGCCAAGGGCCACCAUGUUGGCUUCCGAAGUCUUCAGGAUGAUCCACUGUUGGUGCACUACAUGGAACAGGCCAAAAUACAAAGUGACAGGAACUACAAGAAAGACUACAACAAGGCAAAGCUGAAAUACCAUUCCCCUGUAGACAUGUGGAGUAUUGUACAGGCUAAGCAGGCUUCUAAAGCUCAAACAUCCACAGGCUACAAACAAACUUUCCAUCACUACACAUUGCUUCCCGAUGCCAUGCACCUGGAGCUAGCUCGCUCCAUGAAUUCUAGUUCCAGUGAUGUUGAGUACAAGAGUGAUUACAACGCAUAUAUGAAAGGUCUUGGAUGGGUGCCUAUUGGCUCAUUAGGAGUGGAAACCGCAAAAAUUGGAGGACAGAUAAUCAGUGAGAAGAAGUACAGAACUCACCCAUCUAAAUACACCUUCCACAAGGACAUGGAUUCAAUGGACCUGACAUUAGCUGCUGCAAACAACCAGAUCAUGAACAAGCAAGCAUAUACAGCUGCAUGGAAUAAGGACAAGAUUAAGAUCCACAUCAUGCCUGACAGCCCAGAGAUUCUUCUGGCAAAGGCCAAUGCAGUAACUCUUAGUCAGAAAGCCUACAAAGCUGGAGUAGAAGCUGCAAAGAAGAAGGGAUAUGACCUCAGAGCAGAUGCUAUACCUUUGGUUGCAGCCAAAGCUUCAACAACCAUUGCCAGUGAUUACAAGUAUAAGCUUGCAUAUCAGAAGGCCAAAGGCCACCAUGUUGGCUUCCGUAGUCUUCAGGACGACCCACUGCUGGUGCACUACAUGCAAGUGGCUAAAAUACAAAGUGAAAGAAACUACAAGAAGGACUAUCACAAGUCUAAAUUGAAGUUCCACUCUCCUGUGGACAUGUGGAGUAUUGUACAGGCUAAGCAAGCAUCUGCAGCACAAACUUAUGCUGGAUACAAACAACACUUUCCUCGCUACACAGUUCUUCCAGAUGCCAUGAAUCUGGAGUUGGCUCGCAACAUGCAGGCAAUUGCUAGUGAUAAUGUGUAUAAGAGUGAAUACAAUAACUACAUGAAAGGAGUGGGAUGGGUUCCCAUUGGCUCACUGGAUGUGGAGAAAGCCAAAACGGCUAGCCGGAUAGGUAGUGAAAAACUUUAUCGUUCACACCCCAGUAAAUACAAGUUUACCAAAGAUAUGUCGUCCAUGGACCUGACUCUCGCUGCUGCCAACAAUCAAAUUAUCAACAAGAAAAGCUAUAUUGAUGCGUGGGAGAAGGACAAAACAUCAAUCCAUAUUAUGCCAGAUGCAAUGGAUAUUACUCUUGCACGUCAGAAUAAAGCCAAUUACAGUUUGAAAUCGUACAAACUUGCCAACGAACUGGCAAAAAAGAAAGGCUAUGACAUGCGCGGUGAUGCUAUUUCAAUUCAAGCAGCCAAGACAUCCACAACUAUUGCUAGUGAUUAUAAAUAUAAAACUGGGUAUCGUAAGCAAGUUGGCCACCACAUUGGAGCCCUGAGCAUCCAGGAUGACCCACUACUCAUGUUGGCUUUGAACUCAGCUAAGAUUGCUAGCGAUGCCCUGUACAAGAAAGACUUCAAUAAGUCCAAGACCAAAUUCCAACUUCCAGUGGACAUGCUGGCAUUUGAACUGGCCAAGAAGAACCAGAUCCAAGUCAAUGAUGCCAACUAUAGAACUUAUCUACACAACUGGACCUGCCUGCCAGACUCCAAUGAUGUUGUCCAUGCCAGACAUGUUUAUGAGCUUCAGAGCGAUGCUGUAUAUAAGGCAGAUUUGAAAUGGCUACAAGGCCUUGGAUGGAUCCCAAUUGGUUCACUUGAUGUUGAGAAAGCAAAGAAAGCUGGAGAGGCUUUGAGUGAAAGAAAGUAUCGUCAACACCCAAGCAACUUUAAAUUCACAUGCACAACUGAAGACAUGCCAAUGGUCUUGGCCAAAGCCAAUAAUAAUAUCAUGAACAAGAAAAAUUAUGUCCAAGCCUGGGAGAAUGAUAAGGACAAGAUCCACAUCAUGCCAGAUGCAAUGGAUGUGGUCCUUGCAAAACAGAAUAAAGUCAAUUACAGUGAGAAACUAUACAAGCUUGCCAAUGAACUGGCAAAGAAAAAAGGUUAUGAUAUGCGCAACGAUGCUAUUUCUAUUGUUGCUGCUAAAGCCUCCCGGGAUAUUGCCAGUGAUUACAAGUACAAAACAGGAUAUCGUAAGCAAGUUGGCCACCACAUUGGAGCCCUGAGCAUCCAGGAUGAUCCACUACUCAUGUUGGCUUUGAACUCAGCUAAGAUUGCUAGCGACGCUCUGUACAAGAAAGACUUCAAUAAGUCCAAGACCAAAUUCCACCUUCCAGUGGACAUGCUGGCAUUUGAACUGGCCAAGAAGAACCAGGUCCAAGUCAAUGAUACCAACUAUAGAACUUAUCUACACAACUGGACCUGCCUGCCAGACUCCAAUGAUGUUGUCCAUGCCAGACAUGUUUAUGAGCUUCAGAGUGAUUCUGUUUAUAAAGCUGAUCUAAAAUGGCUACAAGGCCUUGGAUGGAUCCCAAUUGGUUCACUUGAUGUUGAGAAAGCAAAGAAAGCUGGAGAGGCUUUGAGUGAAAGAAAGUAUCGUCAACACCCAAGCAACUUCAAAUUUACAUGCACAACUGAAGACAUGCCAAUGGUCUUGGCCAAAGCCAAUAAUAAUAUCAUGAACAAGUGGUCAUAUAUUGAAGCUUGGGAGAAUGAUAAGACCAAGGUCCAUGUUAUGCCAGAUGCAAUAGAAGUGCUCCAUGCAAAACAAAACAAACUCAACUACAGUGAAAAACUCUACAAACUUGCCAAUGAAGAAGCUAAAAAGAAGGGCUAUGAUUUACGAAGUGAUGCUAUUUCUAUCAAAGCAGCAAAGGCCUCCAGAGAUAUCAUCAGUGAUUACAAGUACAAAACUGGGUAUCGUAAGCAAGUUGGCCACCACAUUGGAGCCCUGAGCAUCCAGGAUGAUCCACUGCUCAUGUUGGCUUUGAACUCAGCUAAGAUUGCUAGUGAUGCUCUGUACAGGAAAGAUUUCAACAUGUCCAAAACCAAAUUCCACCUUCCAGUAGACAUGCUGGCAUUUGAACUGGCCAAGAAGAACCAGAUCCAGGUCAAUGAUACCAACUAUAGGACGUAUCUACACAACUGGACCUGCCUGCCAGACUCCAAUGAUGUUGUCCAUGCCAGACAUGUUUAUGAGCUCCAGAGUGAUGCUGUGUAUAAAGCAGAUCUGAAAUGGCUACAGGGCAUUGGCUGGAUCCCAAUUGGUUCACUUGAUGUUGAGAAAGCAAAGAAAGCUGCAGAUGCUUUGAGUGAAAGAAAGUAUCGUCAACACCCAAGCAACUUCAGGCACACAUGCACAACUGAGGAUAUGCCGUUGGUCUUGGCCAAAGCCAAUAACGAUAUCAUGAACAAGAGAAAUUACAUUGCUGCUUGGGAAAGCGAUAAGACCAAAGUUCAUAUCAUGCCAGAUACAAUGGAGGUGCUGCUUGCAAAACAGAAUAAAUCUAACUACAGCCUGAAACUAUACAAACUUGCCAAUGAAGAAGCUAAGAAGAAAGGCUAUGAUAUGCGUGGUGAUGCUAUUUCAAUCAAAGCUGCUAAGGCAUCCAGAGAUAUCAUCAGUGAUUACAAGUACAAAGCUGGGUAUCGUAAGCAAGUUGGCCACCACAUUGGAGCGCGCUGUGUCCAGGAUGACCCACUACUUAUGUUGGCUUUGAACUCAGCUAAGAUUGCUAGCGAAGCCCUGUACAAGAAAGACUUCAAUAAGUCCAAGACCAAAUUCCAACUUCCAGUGGACAUGCUGGCAUUUGAACUGGCCAAGAAGAACCAGAUCCAAGUCAAUGAUGCCAACUAUAGAACUUAUCUACACAACUGGACCUGCCUGCCAGACUCCAAUGAUGUUGUCCAUGCCAGACAUGUUUAUGACCUCCAGAGUGAUGUUGCGUAUAAGGCUGACCUAAAAUGGCUACAAGGAAUUGGAUGGAUUCCUAUUGGUUCACUUGAUGUUGAAAAAGCAAAGAAAGCUGGAGAGGCUUUAAGUGAAAGAAAGUAUCGUCAACACCCAAGCAACUUCAAAUUCACAGGCACAACUGAAGACAUGCCAAUGGUCUUGGCCAAAGCCAAUGCUACUACUAAUAAUAAGAAGCUUUACACUGAGGCCUGGGACAAAGACAAGACCAGCAUUCAUAUUAUGCCUGAUGCCAUGGAUAUUUUGCUUGCAAGACAAAAUAAUGUUAAUUAUAGCUUGAAAAGAUACAAACUUGCCAAUGAAGAAUCCAAGAAGGAUGGUUAUGACCUCCGUAGUGAUGCUGUUGCUAUCCGAGCUGCCAAAGCAUCAAGAGACAUAAUCAGUGAUUACAAAUACAAAACUGGAUAUCGUAACCAAGUUGGCCAUCAUAUUGGAGCACGCUGUGUCCAGGAUGACCCACUGCUAAUGCUGGCCAUAAACUCUGCUAAGAUUGCUAGCGAUGCCUUGUACAAGAAAGACUUCAAUAAGUCCAAGACGAAAUACCACCUUCCAGAGGACAUGUUGUCUCUUGAGCUUGCCAAAAAAUGCCAGAUCCAGGUCAACGAUGCCAACUACAGAACUUAUCUACACAAUUGGACCUGCCUGCCAGACUCCAAUGAUGUUGUCCAGGCCAGGAAAGUCUAUGAUCUUCGCAGUGAUGCUGUAUACAAGGCCGAUCUUGAGGAUCUGAAGGGCAUUGGUUGGGUCCCUAUUGGUUCAUUGGAUGUUAUGAAAGUAAAGAAAGCAGGAGAUAUUCUCAAUGAUCGCCUCUACAGGCAGAAACCAGACAUAUUCAAAUUCACACAAGACAUGCAAUCUAUGCCUAUGGUUUUGGCAAAAACAAAUGCUGACAUUAAGAACCAGCGUCAAUAUAUUUCAGCCUGGGAGUCUGAUAAGGUCAAGAUCCAUAUUCAGCCAGAUACACCAGAAAUUCUGCUCUCAAAGGCCAAUGCUAUUAUCAACAGCAGGAAACUUUACAGGCAAGGAGUUGAAGACAGCUUCAGGAAAGGCUAUGACCUUAAGUCUGAUGCAGUUGCUAUCAAAGCUGCCAAAGCAUCCAGAGACAUCAUUAGUGAUUACAAAUACAAAACUGGAUAUCGUAAGCAAGUUGGACACCAUAUUGGAGCACGCUGUGUCCAGGAUGACCCACUGCUAAUGCUGGCCAUAAACUCUGCUAAGAUUGCCAGCGAUGCCUUGUACAAAAAAGACUUUAACAAGUCCAAGACUAAAUUUCACCUUCCAGUGGACAUGUUGUCUCUUGAACUUGCCAAAAAAUGCCAGAUCCAGGUCAACGAUGCCAACUACAGAACUUACCUACACAACUGGACCUGCCUGCCAGACUCCAAUGAUGUUGUCCAGGCCAGGAAAGUCUAUGAUCUUCGUAGUGAUACUGUUUACAAAGCUGAUAUGGAAUGGAUUAAAGGCACAGGCUGGAUUCCUAUUGGGUCUCUUGAUGUAGAGAAGGUAAAAAAAGCAGGCUCAAUCCUGAGUGAAAGGAAUUACCGUCAACAUCCAAGCAAUUUCAAGUUUACUUGCACAACAGACUCUAUGCCAAUAGCUCUUGCCCAAGCCAAUGCUAAGGUCAUGGAUCAGAGAGCAUAUGUUGAAGCCUGGAAUAAAGAAAAGCUCAACAUACACGUUAUGCCAGACACUCCAGAGAUUGUUCUUAGCAAGCAGAAUAAACUCAACAACAGUGCUAAAUACUAUCGUCAAGCUUAUGUUGACAGCCUUCUGAAAGGCUAUUACCUGCCAAAAGACGCUGUUGCAGUCAAAUCUGCAAAGGCCUCCAGGGACAUCAUCAGUGAUUAUAAGUACAAAGCUGGCUAUAGACAACAGCAAGGACAUCACAUUGGAGCUCGCUGUGUCCAAGAUGACCCACUUAGCGUGCUGGCCAUAAACUCUGCUAAGAUUGCUAGUGAUGUCCUGUACAAGAAAGACUUCAACAAGUCCAAGACUAAAUACCACCUUCCAGCAGAUAUGUUGUCUCUUGAGCUUGCCAAAAAAUGCCAGAUCCAGGUCAAUGACUUUAACUACAGAACUUAUUUGCACAAUUGGACCUGCCUGCCAGACUCCAAUGACGUUACCCAGGCCAGGAAAGUCUAUGAUCUGCGCAGUGAUGCUGUAUAUAGGGCCGACCUAGAGUGGAUUAAAGGAUGUGGAUGGUUAACAGAAGGUUCUCUUGAUGUAAUUAAAGUAAAGAAUGCCCAGAAGAUUCUAAAUGAUAAACUAUACAAACAGCAUCCAAGUACGAUUCCAUUCACCUGUCCAUUGGACUUGCCUUCCAUUAUCUUGGCCAAACAAAAUGCUGAUAUCCUCAGUGAUAGAAAAUAUAGAGAGGCAUGGGACAAAGACAAAACAACAAUCCACAUCCAGCCAGAUACACCAGCAAUUGUUCUAUCCAAGGCCAAUGCUAUCACAGUUAGCGGUAGAUUGUACACCAAGGACUGGGAUUCACAGAAGGCAACAGCAUACCAGAUCAAAGAGGAUGCUGUUGCUGUACUGAAGGCCAAAGCCUCUAGAGACAUUGCUAGUGAUUACAAAUACAAGACUGGUUACCGUAUGCGACUUGGUCACCACAUUGGAGCUCGCUGUGUCCAGGAUGACCCACUGACCGUGCUGGCCAUAAACUCUGCUAAGAUUGCUAGUGAUGUCCUGUACAAGAAGGACUUCAACAAGUCCAAGACUAAAUACCACCUUCCAGCAGAUAUGUUGUCUCUUGAGCUUGCAAAGAAAUGCCAGACCCAGGUCAAUGACUUUAACUACAGAACUUACCUGCACAAUUGGACCUGCCUGCCAGACUCCAAUGAUGUUGUCCAGGCCAGGAAAGUCUAUGAGCUGCGCAGUGAUGCGGUAUAUAAGGCAGAUCUAGAAUGGUUGAAAGGAUGUGGAUGGAGCCCCCAUGAGUCUCUGGAAGUCAUCAAGGUGAAGAAUGCCCAAAAUGUCCUGGCUGAGAGAGGUUACCGUGUAAAGCUGGAUGAGCAGAAGUACACAACUCCCAUUGACAGAGUUGACCUUGUUUGUGCAAAGAAUGCAGCAAAUGUGCUCAAUGAGGCAAGCUAUCGUGAGGCCUGGCACAAUGAUAAGAUCAAAUACACAAUGUUAGACACCCCACUUCUGGCCACAGCGAGGGAGGCUGCCAAGAAUGUACAUCCACAUCUCUACACAAACGACUGGGAGAAGAUAAAAGCUAAAUCAUAUUUCAUGCCUGGAGAUGCUGUUCCUAUUAAGCAAUGCAUAGCCACCACCAAAGUACAGAGCAAGUACAACUACUUGGAGGGAUAUCGUAGGCAACUUGGCCACCAUAUUGGCGCUCGCUGUGUCCAGGAUGACCCACUGAUCAUGCUGGCAAUAAACUCUGCUAAGAUUGCUAGUGAGGCAUUGUACAAGAAGGAUUUCGAAAAAUCCAAGACCAAAUAUUGCCUCCCCGUAGAUAUGCUGGCCUUUGAAUUAGCCAAGAAGUGCCAGAUCCAAGUCACUGACGAUAACUACAGAACUUACCUGCACAACUGGACCUGCCUGCCCGAUCAGAAUGAUGUUAUUCAGGCUCGCAAAGCCUAUGAUCUUGCCAGUGAUAAUGUCUACAAGGCAGAUAUGGAAUGGAUCCGUGGCUGUGGAUGGGUGGCAGCAGACUCUGUUGAUCAUGUCAAAGUCAGAAAAGCUCAGCAGAUCCUUAACGAUAGAGUAUACAAGAAAGAUGCGAAGGACAACUUUGCCAAGUUCACAAAUAUUGUGGAUCGACCUGAAGUUAUCUUGGCCAAGAUUAAUGCCUUCAAUCUCAGUGAUCUGAAAUACAAAGAAUCGUUCAACCUGGAGAAGGGCCACUACAUUGGAGCUGAAGAUACACCACAACUGGCACACUCCAGAGAUGUUGCAAAGAACAUCAGUGAGAAACUGUACAGGCUUGGCUGGGAUGAAGCUAAAGCCACCGGAUAUCAACUGAACCACGAGUACUUGCCACUUGUAUCAGCUAAGAAAAACAGAAAUGUUGUCAGUGAUAUUCAGUACCACGAUGCCCAUGAGAAAGCCAAGGGUCAUUACAUGGCCAACACUCUGGUUGACUUCCCUGAGGUGGUCCACUCUGGUAAAAUAGAAAAGAUGAAACAUUUGAGAAACUAUCAUAAGGAUUAUCAUAUGUCCAAGACCAAGCUCCACAUUCCACAUGACAUGAUUAGCCAUGUGGUAGCCAAAAAAUGCCAAAACAUCUUAAGUGAUGUUCAGUACCGCACCUAUCUACACCAGUGGACGUGCCAUCCAGAACAGAAUGAUGCUAUCCAUGCACGCAAGGCCAACGAGAUCCUAAGUGAUGUGUUCUAUAAAGAUGACCUGAACUGGAUGAAGGGUGUUGGCUGCUAUGUCUGGGACACACCGGAAAUUGUGCGUGCCAAGAAGUCUUAUGAGCUUCAGAGUGAUAUGAAGUACAAGGCAGAUGCCAAGAAAGAGUUCAGUAACUACUCUAUUGUGACAGACACUCCUGUGUAUGUGACUGCUAUACUGGGCCACACCUGGGCCAGUGAGCUGAACUAUAGAGAGGCCUACCAUAAAGAGAAGCACCUGUACACUACUGUAUUGGAUACUUAUGAUUAUGCAAGGUGCUUCAACUUGAAACAACUUUACAGCUCUAAAACCUAUUCUGCCAUUUGGGAUAGAAUCAAAGCCAAAAGCUAUAGCAUUCCUCAUGACUCUAAUGCUUUGGUCCAUGCCAAACAACAAAAGGUCCUCCAGAGCAAAGUGAAAUACAGAGAAGAUUAUGAGAAGUUUAAGGCCCUAUACAGCUUGCCUAAGUGUCUGGAGGAUGACCCAGCCACUGCCAGAUGUAUCAAAGCUGGAAAACUCAAUCUUGAUCGCUUGUACAGGGAAAACUGGGAAAAGACAAAAGCCAAAAUCCAUGUGCCUGCUGAUAUGCUUGAUGUAGUGUCUGCCCGCAACACCCAGAAAAUGGUCAGUGGAGUGGACUAUCGUAAAUACCUGCAUCAGUGGAUCUGCUUGCCUGACAUGCAGGUCUAUGUACAUGCCCGCAAAGUCAACGAGCAGCUGAGUGAUAUCUUUUACAAAGAUGAUCUGAGUUGGAUAAAAGGUAUUGGAUGUUACGCAUGGGAUACUCCUGAAAUUCUGCGGUGCAAGCAGUCCAUGAAGCUUCAGAGUGAGAACCUAUACAGAGCUAAAGGAAUUGAACAAUUUAAGAACUUCUCUGUGGUAACAGAGACCCCAGUGUAUGAGACAUGCAAGCAGAGCGCUCAAAACCUGAGUGAUCUCAACUAUCGUCAUGACUAUGUUACCAAUGUGAAAGGAACAAACACUGCUCCUGCCAAGACUGUGGAGACUGAAAGGGCUCGUUUGGCCAACUACAUCCAGAGUGAUAUCAUCUACAAAGAAGCAAACAAGAGUUUUAUGCCCACUGGCUACUCUCUUCCCUUUGACACUCCACUUGCCCUGCAAGCCAAAACCAACAACAUUACUACCAGCAAUGUGAAAUACAAGGAAGCUUAUGAACUCACAAAAGCCAAGGAUUACCAACUGGAUCCAAAUGGUGUCAACUUUGUCACAAUAAGAAAGGCCAACCAGGUCAUGAAUGAACGACUUUACCGUGCCCAGUAUGAGAGGGAAAAGGACAAGAUUCACUCUGUGUAUGACACUCCUGAGAUCAAACAGGUUAAGGCCACCCAGGAAGCCAUCAGUGAUGUUUGUUAUAAAGAAAAGUACUACAGCAGCAGAGGAACCCUAUUGCCAAUGCCAAUUACACCAGAGCUGCUGCACUGCGCUCAUGUCAAUAUGAUCAACAGUGAUCUGAAAUACAAAGAGGAUCUUCACUGGCUGAGAGGCAUUGGUUGCUUUGUGUUUGAUUCUCCUGAGAUGGUUCGCAUCCGUUCAAUCAACAAAUUCAGGACUUCCUAUGAUGUUGACGCCAAGAAGAACUUUUCCAACUUCUCUGUGGUUCUAGACACACCAGAGUACAAGCGUGUGACUGAACUAAAGACACACAUUAGUGAUUUGGUGUACAGAGCUGCUGGAAAUGUGCAGAAGACUCAGUGCAGCACUACUGGUGAUGCUCUUGAAUUCAAAAGAGCCAAGUGGGCCCAGAACCUUAGCAAUAAGUGGUUGUACACUGAUUUGGCCUCCAAAGAACGAGCCUUCUACACUCCAGAGCUUCAUACCCCUAUCCUGGAUCAUGCCAGAUCUAUGAAAGUGGUGUACAGUGAGAACAAGUACAAAGAACAGUAUGAGAAGAUGAAGCAUAAGUACACUCCUAUCCAUGACACACCCAUCCUAAUCCGUGCCAAAAAGGCUUACCUUAAUUCCAGUGAUCUGCGCUAUAAAGAGACUUUUGAGUUAGCUAAAGGACACUACCACAGCACUAAGGAUGCGCUGGACAUUAAAUGUGCUAAACGUGUCAGAGAUGACAUUAGCGAGGUUAUAUACAGGGAGAAAUACAUCAGCUCUCUGGGAACAUGGAAGUCUAUCCCGGAUCGUCCUGAAUUCUUCCACAGCAAGAUUGUGCGAGAUUGCAUCAGUGAUGUUAAAUACAAAGAGGAUCUGGACUGGCUCAAAGGCAUUGGCUGCUAUGUUUGGGACACACCUUUAUUAAAGCAAGCUGAGAAUAACAAAGCACUGUACAGUGAGAGACUGUACAAAGCAUCAUAUGAGAAGAACAAAGGCAACUUUAGGUACACGAGUGACACACCUUUCUUCGCAGCGGCAAAAAAUGCUUCUGCCCUCUCCAAUGAUAGAUCCUACCGUGCAGCCUAUGAGAAGACUAAGGAUAAGUACACCAUAGUUGUAGAUGACCCUAGAAACCUCUUGGCUAAAGAGGUCAACAAGAUGAGCCAGUGGAAUUACAGGUCACAAUAUGAGCGUCUCAAGUCAAAGUUCACAUCAAUUCUGGAGACCCCAGAGCACCAGGUCCACAAGCGUAGCAAAAAGAUCAGCGAUAUUAUUUACAAGAUGGAGUACAAUAAGAAUAAGGCUAAAGGCUACACACUUGGCCAUGACACUCCUCUGAAUUUGCACAUGAAGAAGGUCAAAGAAAUGACCAGCAAUAUAAAAUAUAAGGAAAUAUAUGAGAAAAACAAAGCUCAGAUCAACAUGGCUCCUGAUUCUUUUGACAUCCGGGCUGCCAAGGAGGCCUACCAGAACAUCAGUAAUCUUGACUACAAAAAGAAGUAUGAGGCAACCAAGAAUAAGUGGAUUUGGACUGUGGACCGACCUGACUUUAUCCAUGCCGCCAAAAUCAACUACCAGCAGAGUGAUGUUGAAUAUAAGUACGACAAGGAGAUGCUGAAAGGUUGCGUUAUGCCUGUUACUGACGAUAAGUACACAAUUCUGGCCAAGCAGAACACUGAGCUGUCCAGUGACAUCAAAUACAAGCAAAAGUAUCAAGAGGCCAGAGGACACUACCAUGCUGUUCAUGAUACUCCUCAGAUCCUCCAUGCAAAAUCAGUGUCUGGGCUGGUUUCUGAGAGCAAAUACAAGCUGGACAGCAAGAAGGCUCGCCAGUCUGGCUCUUUCACCACCCUGCCUGAGACCCGUGACACACUUCACAGCAAAACAGUGGGCAAAAUGACAAGUUCUAAACUGUACAAGGCGAAGUUCGAGAAGGCGAGAGGAAAGUCUGAGUAUAACAAUAUGACUGUACCUCCCGAUGUGAAACAUGCCAUGGAUGUGGCCAAGAACCAGAGCAAUAUCAACUAUAAACAAGAAGCUAAAGCCAAGUUGCAUUAUACAUCUGUUGCUGAUCGCCCUGACAUCCUGAAGGCCACCCAGGCUGCCAAGCUCAUUAGUGAGGUGGGUUACCGUGACAAGGCUCGUCAGGAGGCCAGCCGUGGAGGAUCACUGGUCAAUCGUCCUGAUAUCAACUUGGCCACUGAAGUGUCCAAGCUUACCAGUCUGGUGAAAUACAAAGAGAAGUUUGACAAGGAGAUGAAAGGAAAAAGACCAGAGUAUGACAUGAAGAACAGUAAGAUUUAUCAGACUUUGAAGGAUGCCAAUACACUUGCAAGUGAGGUGAAAUACAAAGGUGAUUUGAAGAAGCUCCAUAAGCCUGUGACUGAUAUGUCUGAGUCUCUGUCAAUGCAACACAACCUGAGUACCAGCAAACUGGCCAGUAAUUACCAGUACAAGAAGAAAUUUGAGGAAAGUAGAGGUCACUACCAUUUGAUUGCUGACACUCCUGAGCAGCUCCAUCUCAAAGAGGCCUCAGAGCUGCAGAGUAAUGUGAAGUACAAGGAGAAGUAUGAGAAGGAGAGAGGCAAGGCUAUGCUGGACUUUGAGACUCCAACUUACGUGAGCGCCAAAGAAGCACAGCAUAUGCAGAGUCAGAAAGACUAUAAAAAGGACUUUGAGGAAAACAUGAAAGGCAGGAACCUGUCAGGCUUGGAGGUCACUCCGGCAAUGUUACAUGUCAGACAUGCCACCAAAAUUGCUAGCGAGAAAGAGUAUAGGAGGGAUCUUGAGGAAGGGGUGAAGGGUAAAGGGCUUACAGUACUGGAGGAAACUCCUGAAUUGCUAAGAGCAAAGAAUGCUACUCAGAUCCUCAACGAGAGAGAGUAUAAGAAGGCACUGGAGCAAGAGAUAAAGGGCAAAGGAAUGAUGGCUUUGGCUUCAGACACUCCAGACUUUAUGAGAGCAAGAAAUGCUACAGAUAUCCUCAGCCAGACUAAGUACAAGCAGAACGCUGAGCAGGACAGGGCUAGCUACACCAGCGUCAUUGACACUCCUGAUAUCAUCCAUGCUCAGCAGAUCAGGAACCUUGUGAGCCAGAAAAAGUACAAGGAGGAGGCAGAGAAGACCAUGUCUCACUACAAUGCAGUUCUAGACACUCCUGAGAUGCAGAGAGUGCGGGAGAACCAGAAGAACUUUAGCACUCUUCAAUACCAGGUUGACCAUAAAAAAAGUAAGGGCAAAGUAACAGCAAUACAGGACACCCCUGAAAUGCUUCGUGUUAAAGAAAAUACAAAGAAUUUCAGCUUGAUUCAUUAUAAGGAGGAUUUGGGAGGAGGAACUGCUAUAGCAGAAACGCCAGAGAUGGAAAGAGUUAAACGCAAUCAACAGACUAUUAGCACGGUCAAAUACAAGGACUCACUAGGUCAAGGCAUAUCUAUACCAGAUCUUCCUGAAGUGAAACGUGCGCAGGAGUCUCAGAAGAACAUAAGCUCGAUUCAUUACAAGGAGGAUUUAGGAAGUGGAACUACGAUAUCAGAAACUCCUGAGAUGGAGAGAGUUAAACGCAAUCAGGAAAAUAUUAGCACGAUAAAGUACAAAAACAUGGUGGGGCAUGGGACAGCUAUAUCGGACCUUCCUGAGGUGAAGCGAGUUCGAGAGACUCAGAAGCACAUCAGUUCGGUGUUGUAUAGAGAUGCUUCUGGCAAAGGAACUCCUGUGAUAUUCACGCCAGAGAUGGAGCGAGUCAAACGGAACCAAGAACAUAUUAGCUCGGUGCUGUACUCUGACAGCUUCCGUAAGCAGGUGCAGGGCAAAGCAGCGUUUGUUCUGGACACUCCUGAGAUGAGGCGUGUCAGGGAGACUCAGCGCAUCAUCUCUGGGGUGCAAUACCACCAGGACUUUGAGAAGAGUAAGGGCAGCUUCACUCCCACCACCAGUGACCUUGUGACUGAGCGUGUCAAGAGAAACACUCAAGACUUUAGUGACAUCAACUACCGCGGCAUUCAGAGGCGUGUGGUGGAAAUGGAGAGGAAACGUGCUGUAGAGCAUGACCAGGAAACCAUCGCUGACCUGCGUGUAUGGCGUACAAACCCAGGCUCUGUGUUUGACUAUGAUCCUGCUGAAGAUAAUAUCCAGUCUAGGAGUCUUCACAUGAUGUCUGUUCAAGCUCAGCGGCGUAGUAAGGAACACUCUCGAUCGACAAGCGCCAUGAGCGGCUUAGGUGAUGAGAAAUCUGAGUUGUCUGAGAAUGUGGACCAACACAUGUCCCUCUACAGUAAUGGAUUCCCUUCUGCUACCAUCGGCUACCAGCAGGCCAAGACAGUUGAACUCCAGCAGAGAUCUUCUUCUGUGGUCACCCAGCAGACCACUGUGUCCUCUGUGCCCUCACACCCCUCCACCACUGGGAAAUCUGUUCGUGCCAUGUACGACUAUACUGCAGCUGACAACGACGAGGUGUCCUUCAAAGAUGGAGAUGUCAUAGUGAAUGUGCAGUCCAUCGAUGAGGGCUGGAUGUAUGGCACAGUGCAGCGUACUGGAAAGACUGGCAUGCUGCCAGCCAACUACGUGGAGGCGAUCUAAAGACUAGUGCGACUAUGAGACAUCCACAGGGCUGAGCAGCUCAGGCAUUCAGCUAGUUUAUGUGUAGUUUGUUAUAGGUUAGUCUUAGAAUAGUGUUGAUCCUGUUUGUCUGUCUUCGCAUUAUGUGCAAUUUUGUUCAUGCCCAUAUCUGCAAAUCUUUAGUGGAUGUGACAGAGACUGAAAGAUGUUAGACAGUUGUAUUUAUCUUUUAUCUACCAAACCCCAAAAGAACAUUUAAAAACAAACUUAAAGCCCAUUUUGUUGUAUAUUACUGACAAGCGACUUGGUUUUAAGGAAGGCUUUUCUGCCUUUCUCAGCACUAAAGCUUUAACACAGAAAUGGUCUUUGCUUAAAAAAAAAUAAAAAUCUGAGACUGAACUGAAAGUGAGAUACCAAAUCAAGACAUUAUCAAACUAUAAUUAAGGUAACAAACAACAAAAAACCCUGAAAGUGUGAGAGACGAGUUCCAAGAAAAAAAAAGCCUCUUCCCUCCUUUGCUAAAGGCUGGUCACAAGAUGCAUGUGUGUUUUGUUUCUUCCAAUUCCCUAGAUCUAGGGUUAAGAGUCAUAUAUUUUGGCUCAGUAGCUAAUAAAGCACACCACGCUUCUGCAGUA